AUGGCAUCCUACACCCUUACGCCCGAAGCAUACGCCCUUCCCCUCCUGCAUGCCGCCGCGCAUCCUGAGGCAAACGUCGCCGGCCUCCUCCUCGGUCGGGGGAGCGAAGUCGUGACCGCCCUCCCUGUGUUACACAGGUACGCGGCGCUCAGCCCAACUCUCGAGCUAGGCAUCGACAUGGCCCGCGCGUGGGGCAAGCAGAAGGACCUCGAAGUUGUCGGAUACUACGAGGCGCGGUCAGAGGGGAGCGGGCGCGCCGGCGAGUCGGUAUUGGCUGCGCUGCGGGCCGAGACGCCAGCUGCACUUGGGCUGGUGCUCGACAACGACAAGUUGCGGACGAACGAGGCGGUAUAUUCUACGAGCCCGGUCGACGCGAGCGUUGCGUGGCCCUCCGAAUCUGUGCGCGCUGGUGCGCUCGAGCUCGUCCGUAAGGAUGGUGUGCAGACGCACUUGCGCGACCUCGACGACCACCUCGACGAUGCGCGCAACGACUGGCUCGGGAACGAGGUGGUGCGCGUGGCCGUUUCCAAGCUGUCAUGA